AAAAACUUCAAAGAUUUCCUUCUUACAUUCAUACUCUGAUACUCAUGCCCAUAAGUUUUGUAGCCAUUUUGAUCAUAAAUUUAUUAAACACAAUACAAAUCAACCUUCAAAAUCAUCCAUCUAUUUCACCAUUAUCUUUUGGAGUGGAAUCUCUUUAUUCAUUCUUUUAGUUUCUCAUGGUUAAUUUUGUUAAUGCGACAACAAUAACAAUAAUAUUCCAACAUCAAACUUAUUAGCAUACCGGCAGAUAAAAGCCCCAUCGUUCUAUCCUUACUGCAAGUAAAGGAGGACUUCUAAUCAUUUUGUCUUUUCUGCUUCGGUUUGAGAUUCACUCUUUCACUUGAUACCAAUUGUAUUUUGCUACCUUCCUUAUCCUCCAGGAUUUCCUCUUCUAUCCCAUAUCCCCUCUCUCGCAGGUAGCACAACUUCUAGAAUCUGAUAUUGGUACAAGAGUUUUCCAACCAACAACACAAUGUCUUUAACCUCGGAAGAAAACUCAAAGUAUUCCAUAAUCAUUGAUAGAAUUCUCAAAGAGGGUGAUCUCAGUACUAUCUCUGCGAAACAGAUUCGUAAGGAUCUUCAAGCAGAAUUAGGAUUUGAUCUUUCCCAUCAAAAAGAUGCCGUUAAAGCUUUGAUCCUGGAAAGAUUUGACGAAGUCUCGAAACACACUCAGGAUGCAUCCACCCCUCCACCUGCGACCAAUGGACAUUCUAAGAGCGAAUACAUCAAAGAUGAAGGAUCGCACACUCCCACAUCAAAGCGGGAAGUUGAUGGUUCUGACGAAGAUGAGAAGCCAAAGAAGAAGAGACCGAAGCAGGAUGAGGAUGCGAAGUUGGCGGCUCUACUACAGGCGCAAGAAGACAGCAGGACAAGAUCGACUAGGGGCGGUGGAACGAAACGAAGCGCAGGCGUUAAGAAGAGCAAGAGUACACCCAAAGAAAAGAAAUCUUCAGCAAAGGUCAAGGCAACAGAUGAUAGUGACAUGGAGUUAGGUUCAGAUGGGGAGCCUAAAGAGGUCGUCAGAAAGGGCGGGUUUCAUAAACAAUAUAAUCUAUCGGCAGCUUUGGCAGAUCUUGUAGGGGAACCAACAUUGUCUCGGCCACAAGUUGUCAAGAAGAUUUGGGAACAUAUCAAAAGUCUUAAUCUUCAGGAUCCUAGCGAUAAACGACAAAUUAUAUGCGAUGAUAAGAUGCAAUUGGUUUUCAAAACGGAGAGAGUUCAUAUGUUUACCAUGAAUAAGCUUCUUGGUAAACAGCUGUACCCUGUUGAGGAGGAAUAGGAUACUUCAGUCAUUGGCAGUAUGGUGAUAAUACGACCGUUUUUCGUUUUCCAUGAGGGCGUUUUGGGGAAGGCAUUGCAUUGAAGUUUUGGGUAUCUAACUAGGUACUCGUAGUUAAGGGACGGCAUGAGUGAAUCCCAAGUUUUCGGGACCGCCAGCUCAGAAUUAUCUUUAUUCGUUAGGGACAGCGUCUUAUGGGUUUCUUAGAUGUAUGAAUCAUCUAUCAUUGACUAAUAAUAGACCCAAGAACCUGUCUCACAGUGACUUUGAACUUUAUUUGUCUAU